GUCAUACAUUUGUCAACACCGUUGUCAAGUCAGUGAUGUAUUUUUACAAGAUCUAGCUGUAACAUAUUUUAUGAGAUGCGUCCCAGAAUUCAGCUGAGGUUUGUUGGAGAACAGAUGAAGUAUUUGGAAGAAAAAAUGCAAUUGAUGGAACCUGUUAUUGGCGUAAUGAAAUAUGCAUUAGAAAAAAGUAAGACGUGGAUGGAAGAUAAAAAUGACAACCCGUCUAUCACAUACAUUGAGCUUUGCAAUGAACUUGCAUCAGCAACCACGGCCUUGUUGGAUUUAGCUUCAAACAUUUUAGGCGAAAAUGAAGAGCUUGUCGAUGUUGAUGGUAGAACGCCAUCUUUAGCUCAGUCUACUCUAGAGCCUACAAAAACAGAGAAACCUGACCAAAGUGAAUCAACAAAUCAACUGACUAAACUAGUUAAAAAUCAAGAAGAAGUAUUCACUCGACUGGGUCUUUUAGAAAACAGCAUAUCUUGUCUACAAAGUUCAAUACAAAAAUCUAAAGAAGACACGUCAGAAAUAAAACAAUGGAGAAACAACUUUGUAACAGAAAAGUGUGACAUGGAGUUAAACAUUGACCAACUGACUAAAAAACAAAAGCAGAACUUUAAAAACCUUAAAAAACAAAUAAGUGAACAGGAUAACAAAGUAAAGGAGAUGAACAGAGAAAUCGAAAGUUUAAAAGAAAAAGAAACCAAGUCAAACAAAACACUAGAGAAACUGUCUCUAGAUAUGAAAGAAUAUGAAAACAACUUCCACAAAAUAAAUAAAGAGAUGCAAGAUCACACAAAUAAAACAGACAGUAUAACUCAAGAAAUUAAAAGACUUUCUGAUUUGAUUGUUUCUUUACAAGAAGAUCAUAAUAAAAUCGUGGUCAAUACAUCAACCGGAUUUGAAAAGUUGCAAUCAAAGCAGUGUGUGUUGUACAAGCUCCUACAACAAAGAUUGAUGCCCAUUGACAAACUGAUUCAAAUCUCUAACCAGAACUUGGAAACUAGGGAAGAAAAAAUAAAGAAGGCAUGUUUGUAAUAAUUGUAUACAAAUGAUUAACAUUGGUAAAU